AUGGCAGCCGAGAAGUACCAGCCUUCUUAUGAAAUCACGCGUGAUGAGUCCCAUAGAGGUCAAUCCAAUGGACAGGACGUUGAGGUUGGGGAUAGAAGACUCAGCCACGUAGAAGUCGCUAGGAUCACCAAGGUCUCGUCUGUUAUUACCGUUCUGGUUGCCGGUCUUGCUCUGUUCUCUGAUGGAUACAAUGCGCAAAUCAUUGGGUAUAUGGAGCCCCUGUUCACGGAACUGUACAAAGACGGCAUGUCCAGCAUCAUCAAGACCCGGUUGUCCAACGCAUACCUCAUUGGCGAAAUCUUCGGCAUGCUCUUCUUUGGCUUCCUCAUCGAUAAGAUAGGGCGUCGUACCGGCAUUGUCUUCGCCACCUUCUUCCUUGUUCUUGGUAUCGUCUUGGCCACGGCUGCUCAUGGCGUCACUCAGCUGGGCAUGUUCUGGAUGAUGAUCGUUGCUCGCGGUGUUGCUGGGUUCGGUGCCGGAGGCGAGUACCCAACCUGCGGAACCGGUAGCGCCGAGGCGUCAGACGAGAGUGAAUAUGUCCGCCGCAGACGAGGCAUCCUUGUCGCCAUGGCCACGGAUUUUUCCAUUGACUUAGGGUUCGUGAUUGCGGGUAUCGUCGCGCUGAUCGUCAUCGAAUGCUACAACGAUAAGAUCUCAAGCGGAAUCUGGCGCGUCUGCUUCGGGUUGGGCUUCGUCCUUCCGGUGACACUUUUCUUCUUCCGAAUCCGCAUGGUCGAAUCCAGUCAGUAUCGCAAACAUGCUAUCAAGCGAAACGUACCCUAUUGGUUGAUCAUCAAGCGAUAUUGGAAGCCCAUGGUGGGAACUUCCCUCGCGUGGUUCAUGUAUGAUUUUGUCACCUACCCAUUUGGAAUUUUCAGCUCCACCAUCAUCGGUCAACUCAAUCCUAACAACACCUUGAUCCAGAACAUCGGAUAUGGUACUCUAAUUAACAGUUUUUACCUUCCUGGCUGUGUUGUUGGCGGGGUAUUAAUGGAUAGAAUCGGCCGCAAGCAGACCAUGACUCUCGGUUUUGGGUUGUGGGCACUCUUGGGAUUCAUCCUGGGAGGCGCGUUGAACCCUAUUCAAUCGGUGUUCCCCCUGUUUGUCGUUCUCUAUGGCAUUUUCAACAGUUUGGGAGAGAUGGGACCUGGAGUUUGCACUUUCUUGACAGCAGCUGAAAGCUUUCCGACUCCUCUGCGCGGCCACUUUAUGGGGUUCGCCGCUGCGGUGGGCAAAGCUGGUGCUGCGAUUGGGACCCAAGUUUUCACGCCUAUCCAGGAUUCCUUUAGCGACGUGCAAAAGGGUACUCAGGCAGUCUUCCUUAUCGGUGCUGGAUUCGCCGCAGCUGGUGGCAUUAUCUCGUGGGUAUUCAUCCCUAACCGAGAUCGAGAACUUGAGAGCGAGGACGCCAAGUUCAGAGAAUACCUUGCCGCUCACGGGUACGAGGGAGAAUUUGGGGAAAGUUUGGUCGCGGAGGUGAAGACGACCACUUUCAAACCCGAUUAUGUCAAGACGUCUUGA